GUUGUUGCUGCUGUGGCUGCUGUCGUCUCCGCUUUUCAUGCCGGAUCGGAACUGCUGAAACACGUGCGGAAGAAACGCAGUGCUCGCAAAGCCCGGAACUCGGCGCAACAAGAAUGGGAAGAAGAACGACUACAGGCUUCUCUUGUGGCGGGCGAGCAACAGAUUGGCCUACACUACGACCAGGACCAAAGAGAGUUGGGCGAUCUAGUACGCAUUGGUGAUGAUAUCGCCCGAGAGCGUCUAUACCAAAUAACACUGAUGCUACAGGCUGAGAUAAUCAACAGUCUCAAACAAGCAGCUACAAGUGAGGUUUGUGUACUCGAUUUGCGGGUUCUGCAUCAGGCCUCACUCACGAAUCGCAAAGAAACACUCGUGACUCUCGAAGAACUCAAGCAAAGGAUAUAUCUGAGAAGGCCCAUGGCACGGCAGCCCCAGGAUUUUGGCGACAAGUCCAGACUAUGGCAGUCGCGCUUCUUACCACCAACCGCGCAGUCGAGCCACGAGCCGACCCAUGCACUACACGACGCCUACGCUGACUAUCCCCGGCAUGUUGAAUAUCGAACGACAAGACACGGCUCAUCUGAGAACUACUACCCGCUUGGCAUCAAAGACAUGUCCAUUCCGAGUCUUCCGGCCUAUGCUCCCAAACAUGCUUUUGGUGAGGAUUUAAGCAAGGCGCUAGAACGCAUACAUCCCGAUCAUCGCGCAAAUGCAAUGAGAGACAUUGAACAGAUGAUCAACUCGUAUCAAAGCCUUAGUUUCAGUAGCGGGGAUGAUCAACAACAAAUACACGGAUACAGCGGAAGCUACUCUGGACUACAAGAACCCCUCGGUACGCCGAGACCCCAAGAUGUAUCUGGAACAACAAUGACCGAGUCUGAACAAGACCCUCGCCAUAAACUUCACCAGGUACCACGAGCAUCAACUGAUCAAAAAGGAACACAUUCUACCAGGACUCCGACAUUCAAUCAAGAUAUGUUUGCCAUAGAAAGUGAGCAGUUUGACUAUCUUCGACCCUUUGUCGCCCUGAAUAAACACGCCCAUGUACAGGCCAGAGCACCAAGACAGUCACGAUGGUCCGAGUCCUCGGGCGCCAGUUCUGAUCCAUCAUAUCUUGCAUCACUCGAACGGAACAGCUCCAGUUCUUCACAGGGGUCAUCUAGCCAAACACCUGGGCUAUCUCAGCAGUCGCAGUCUUUUGAUCAUGGCCGCGUCCCCUCAGUACCAAUAACACUAGACGAGUGCUAUCAGCUGAAUGACAAGGACUACCAUAGUCUGCCCAGUCCAUCUUCUCCACAUGAAGAUUUAGAUGAUGGAUACGAGAUUCCACACAUGGCACCAUUGGCGCCCUCAUGUAACCAGCCCAAGACUUCACAAAAUGGCGUGUACAGGAAAGCUUCCAUCUACAAGGCAGUCCCUGUAACCAAUGCAGGUACAAGUCCACCAAUUCAUGUCCCAUGGCCAGGAACCCAGCAGCAUAGAGAAAUACCAUCAGUCACGCAGCACGGUUCCCAUCAACGAUUUCGAGGCUCAUUUGACGAAAAGGAAGCCUUGAAUACUAGCGACCUCCGCUUACCCAAGUACACGGUAAAAAUCACAGCCAACAACGCACCGGCCAACACAUCAGGACAUCAUCGAACCGUAUUAGGACUAUCAGCUAUUACUGCGGCAGCCGCUGUCUUGAACCCCAAGAACCUAAGCCGGAAAGCCAGCGUAAACCAGUCUCUGCGCUCCCAUCGGUCCACUUCAAGCAGCAGCAGCACCUCGAUGCCCAUUGGCGUCCUCCCAGGCCACCGCAUGCACAGCAUCCGCCACGACACGAUCCAAAGCGGGCCCGUCCGCAGCGACACGAUGAUGAACGGGCGCCCCGACAAAGGCAACAACUACUGGGGCUUCUGCAAGGGCGCCUGGGCCGUCCGCGAAGACCUCACAAAGGGCUUUGCCGUGCGCGCCCAACCCACAGGCUUCUACGCCACAAAGUCCCUUUGGGCCUGCAAAUCCUGCACUUUCACCGGCGACGUAUUCAAAGCCCCACACCCCACCAAGAAAAACAAGACGCUCGACGUCGUGGAUGCCCGUAUCAAAGUAUCCAAAUCCGGGAUCCGCUACCGUUGGGUUUUUCUGGCAAAAUCUCAUGUCAAGAAGAAGGCUGGGGCCGCUGCUGUGGAGGCGAAUGGUGGGUCGACGGCUGCUGCAUCGAAUGAUGAUAAUUUCGGGUGCAUCUUUUGCUGUCUUCAGGACAAAAUUACCGGUGUCUAUGGUGGCGUCGAAACACUGAUGAAUCACAUUGCGCAGGUGCAUGUGGCGGAUAUGAGCGAGGUGGUGCGUAGGAAGGCGCAGUGUGUUUUGGGGAGAGUGGCAGGUAGUGAUGAGGAGUUUGAUAUUAAUAUUCCCAUUUUCGGGUAG